AUGCUGUUGCCAUGUAGAGUAUACGAUGCGCGGACAUGCGGUGAAAGAUGGUGUGGUUGGGACGUGGGAGCACAGACAGCACAGAGGCGGGGAAUCUACGACAGGAGAGAGGAACCCCGUCAACGGGCACACAAGGACCCAGAGUGGCUAAUGCCACAACAACAAGGUGCCAACACGACAAACGAGGGGACGAGGAUGCGGGUUUCCACUGGGACCCACUACGCCUUCCCUCCUACAAGCUGCACUAACCGCAAGGCGCUCAAGGAGCCUACAUCCCAAAAUGCGUGCGCGCAGGAGUGCCAGGGCAACUACCCCUAUGGAGAUUAUACUCCUAGGAUUGCUGCCACCAACCCCAAGGGUAACCCUGGUUCAGUCCUCUACAUGUGGAAUGCAAUGACCGCAGUCGUGACCCUCGCACAUGAACCUUUGUGCCCGCAAAGCCAACCCCCAUGCUCGAGUGCAGGGCCACCCAAUGCUGAUGUGCACCCGGCACGUCAUGGGCAGCGUAGGGCAGCGAGUGCCCCUACGGGAUCGCCCAGCGCACGACAACGGGCUCGAUUCGCCGAUGCACCAUUGUCGUGCCCCGGGUCCGCUCCGAGAAGGAGUAGCGGGCAUCGAAGUUUACUAAACGACGGACAAGUAAACAUUGCAUAUGAGAUCAUUGCAGCACAAUACUUUAUGAUUUUCACCGCUUUUUGCUUGGGAGUGACAGUUCUUAAAUGUAUCCUCGCACUAAUAUGUAUAAGUGACGAGAAAGUGGAUAUCACAUUGAUCCACUGCGAGAAAAAGCAGCACACUACUACUAUUGUUUGA